AUCCGUUUCACCACGACCGGAUGUUGACGAUUAGCUACUGUAUUGUAACUAAACGAGGCCAAAGUUUCUUGUGGAUAUUAUGUAACGUUAACUAUUUGCUUUGCUGUGUGUUUAUUAUUUAUUUAUUAACAUGUUAACAGUGCAAAGAGUUGUUUUAUCCUCACGGCCAGGAAAAAAUGGCCAUCCAUCUCCUGAUAACUUCCGUGUGGAGGAGGCGAAUUUGUGCACUGAGUUAAAACAGGGAGAAAUCCUUGUCAGGACUCUGUAUCUGUCUGUUGACCCCUAUAUGCGUUGUCGCAUGAAUGACGAUACGGGUGCUGAUUAUCUGCUACCAUGGAGGCUUGAGGAGGUCAUUGAUGGAGGUGGAGUUGGUGUGGUGAAGGAUAGCAAGAACACACAACUGGCCAUCGGUGACAUUGUCACCUCCUUCAACUGGCAUUGGCAAACUUAUGAUGUGAUUGAUGGCAGCUCUGUAGAGAAGGUUGACCCCAGUAUGGUUGAUGGCCACUUGUCAAAUGUUUUGGGGGCUGUAGGCAUGCCUGGACUCACUGCUCUGCUCGGUGUGAGAGAGAAAGGACACGUAAUUCGUGGGGCUGGACAGACCAUGGUGAUUAGUGGAGCAUCUGGAGCUUGUGGUUCACUCGCUGGACAGAUUGGUAGAUUGGAUGGCUGUGAAACAGUGGUUGGGAUAUGUGGCUCAGAUGAGAAAUGCCAGACCCUGGUGUCUCAGCUCGGGUUCACAGCAGCUGUGAAUUAUAAGAAGGGAGACGUCUCAACAGCACUGAGGAACUGUUGUCCCAAUGGAGUGGACAUCUACUUUGACAAUGUUGGGGGUCCUAUCAGUGACACAGUCAUAUCACAGAUGAACAGUGGCAGUCAUGUGAUCUUGUGUGGGCAGAUCUCUCAGUACAAUAAAGAUGUACCCUAUCCACCUCCGCUGAGCAAGGAGACACAAGAAGCUCUGCGUUGCAAAAACAUUACCAGGGACAGAUUUAUGGUUCUGAACUACAUGAAUAAACAUAAAGAAGGUCUGGAGCUGCUGAGCCGGUGGGUGAAGACCGGCCAAGUUAAAGUGUUAGAAACUGUAGCAAAUGGAAUUGAAAACAUGGGGGUGUCCUUUUGCUCUAUGAUGACUGGAGGCAACAUCGGGAAGCAAAUCGUUAAAAUUUCAGAUUGAGCCACAUCUAGCCUGCUGUUUUUCCCCCCACAAGCAGCCUUGUAUGUCUUGUAUUUAUAUAGAGAACAUGAUGAGCAUGGUGUGCUGUGGUGGAUGCUGUCUUGAAUGGUUCACAUGAAGAGCCUUUUCACUUAAAGUGCAAUAACUGUGUUUUUUCUGGUAAACAUGUCACUAAAAUAAUUUUUUUACCCUGUCACUAAUGACACUGAGAACAUUGCUGUUUUUCCUGGAUCAUAGUAAAAAGGUUGUUUAUCCCUCAAAAGUAACUUAGUCAAUGGAUUAAAUGCGGCAUUAUAGCAAUUAUCUUCUAAGGGUUUACCAGAAAUAUUUACAAGUAUAUACACCCGUGUGUAUAACCGGUACCUUUCAUGAAAAUGACUUAUAAGUAAUAAAAUUAGAAGGCAUUAAAA